AAUAGGUCUCUUCUCAGUGAAAAACAAGGCCGAGAAUAAUUUUCGCUUCUUGAUAAAAUGAAAACGUUUGAAUUUUACAAUAACUUGAAAGAAUAUCUUUUACGAGAAAAAUUAAACAAAAAUGUAACGAUCAGAGAGCGAAGUGAAAUACGACGCGUGUCCGUGAACUUUGUGAUUAAAGACCACCAACUCUUUUACACCGGGCCAAAUCGACAGUACUUUCGUCUGGUUGUCAUGAGUGAAGAACAAAAGAGAGCCGUGCUAAAGGAGUGUCAUGAUAAUCCUGGGACCGGCAGCCAUCACGGUGUGAGAGGCACCAGAGACCGAGUUAUUGCUAGCUACUUCUGGCCAAGUCUUAUAAAAGAUGUGGCUAACUGGGUGAGAUGUUGUCACCGCUGCCAGCAGAAUGAGCCCAUCAAGACAGUGACACCAGUCUUGCAUUCUAUGAAGAACCAUUUUUCAAGUGCUCAGUUUGAUAGUGGUGGUGCACUUCUGCCUGAUGCUGUGCCUGACCAGAAUUGUGCUGUUUCCAGGAACUCUCAAUCUGGCACAUCCAGUAAUACAGAAAAUGGAAAAGUUGCACCAGUUCCUGAAGCACUCGGGCUGAUUGAUCAUUCAUACUGCAAAUCACCUCCAAGUCCGGGUCUGCUGGGAGACGACUGUCUGCUUUCACCAGACGAAACUGCAUUGGAAACAAACGGCUCAUACAACAUUCCUGCUAAAGGUGACCAGGCAGAGACCGCAAUCCAGAACCCAAUUUCCUUGAAAAUCUGCGUGAAAGAUGAAUCCCCCCCUGCUGUCACCCACAGACUGACCGAGAAAGCAGUCAUUGAUCACGUUUACUGUGCCCUUCCUGGCAAAGCAAAAGAGUCCAGCAUUGAGGACCCAACAGACUAUGCAGUGGAAGUAACAGCGGUGGCACUUAAUAAUUUCAAGGACUGCUUACCGAGUGAAAAAGAUGAAUUAAUUCACAAACUGAAAGUUGAAUUGGAAAGGAAAGAUCGAAUGCUGGCCCUGGUGUUCCAUCCAGAUCAAAUAAAAUAUCUAGAGAGCAGACUUUACAGACCAGGAUCAGGACAUGAAAUCUAUAAAUGGUCAUCAUCCACCAUUAGUGACUGCUUGAAGAUUAGAUAUGCAUGUGGCAUCAACGGAUACGAGUAUCUCAGAAAAGAACUGAAGUAUCCCAUCCCAAGCUAUCGCACCAUAACUAGACAUCUCAAGACUGUUGAGCCUCUACGGAGCCGAUCACCUGAUCAGGACAUUGAGGAGUCGCCCAUUAGUUGCUCACCUUGCAAGUCCUAAGGCAAAAACUCAGUAGUAGAAACCCCAACACUGGUGAAGUCGUCUGCUGGAUGAGCUUACAGUUGGAUUUAACCCGAGAAACUCGUGACUAUGCAAGCCAAGACGUAAGCUUAAGCCCCUGUGAGCCCUUAAAGAUGACUGGUGGAUUGUCACUUGCCUGGACAUUUUUUGGCAUUUACAAUACGAGAACCUGUGGACUGAGCAGAUAGGACUGAACCAAAGGAGCCUGGAGGGCGUUCUUCAAUGUGCUCCACCUGGCCAUGCGGUCCUUGGCGGCCCGUCGUCCGAUACGAGGUGUGGAGUUUCACUUGUCUUAAAUGAUUUCAUAGAGCUGUUCAGUUAGAGUUUCUGUUCAGUUCCUUCCUUCCAUCAAGGAAAAGCAGCUCCCUAAGUGACGACAUGUUCACCGUGUGCUUAUAAUAUUCA